AGGUUCCGUCUAUGUUUUAAGUCUAUGGUUUCGAUUGAGUUAUUAUGAUUAUUACAAUUUUUUAUCCUUCCACAACUGGACGAUUGAUUUGUCACCACUUGUCACGACUUGUGUUUACCGGUGUUUACAUCAGUUUAAUUGUGGGGUGAGAACUGUGCUAAAGGAAGGACGUGCGAAAUACGAACAGGAUUAUCACGGCGCCUGCUAUUUUCACACGGCGAUCCACAUACUCGAUCUCAUUCACGAUCGAGAAAAUCGCGUAACGGUAAUUCAACAACCAUCAAACCACUGUGCAUCGAGAGAAAGAGUGAAGAGAAUAGCGAGUUCUGACGCGCUUUUUUUCGCAAUUACCGGUUUUUUAACAUUAAAGGGACGAGCAUGGCGGAAAAAUGUACGAGUGAAAACGAUAAGGACUGUCCGCCGGCGAAGAAAGUUAAAUUGAACGACGAGAGCACCGAUGUGGUCGAGAAGAAUCCAGAUGAGAAUGAUAAAAGUAAGACAGAACUGGAUCUGUCGGGCUUCAAAGUGACGAGGGUACUGCAGAAUAAUUGUGCACGGAAGUUAAUAUGCAUGGAAGGGACGUUCGAGGGCCACGAGGGCUCGGCGAUUGUUCUGCUGGAGCAAAAGAGUUUUCCUCAUGACAAGGUGAUCUUGGAGAAGGAUUUCUUCGACGGAAAGACGAUCUUCCGGGAGAUCUUUAAUAACGACAUCUACAGAAACUACAAUUGCUGGCCGACCAAAGAGCAUAAUGGUCUGCAUGCGACCGUGAUAUAUCCUGCUACGCAAACACACAUCGACAAAUACAAGAGACAGGAGUUAUAUGUGAUAGAUGAAACAUAUGAACUUUAUCAGCAGGUCACUCUCCCUUACAUAGAAUCGAAGAGUCUGGGCUUGGAGUGGAUAACUAAUAUUCUGGAGCACAAGGCUGAACAGGAAAGUGUUAUUUAUGAGGAUCCUGACAAGGAUAAUGGUUUUGUGUUAGUGACCGAUUUCAAGUGGGAUAAACAGAUGGACACGUUAAAGUUAUUGGCCCUGCCAUUUCAAAAAAUAAGGUCAUUGAGAGAGUUGAAUGGAUCUCAUCUUCCUUUAUUAAAAAAUAUACGAGAUGCCGGGACGGCAGCGAUUAGUAAAAAGUUUAACAUACCUGCGUCGCAGCUCAGAAUGUAUUUCCACUAUCAGCCAUCGUAUUAUUAUCUACAUGUGCAUUUCUGCUAUCUUAUGUUUGAAGCGCCAGGAAUAUAUGCGGAAAAAGCGCAUCUUUUAUCAACAGUUAUAAGAAACUUGGAACUGAUGUCGGACUAUUAUACGAAAGCAGUACUUUCGUAUGUAGUGUUUAAAGGCAGUCCGCUUUAUGAAAAGUUUAAAUCACAUGGAGCCCUACAGACAUCGACAUGUGAAACGCAAUAGACUGUAAAUAUAGCGUAAAUAAGACUGUUUUACUUUGAACGAACGUAAGUUAUAUUUUACGUUUUUAUAUCAGACGACAAGAAAUUGAUAUGUAUUUUAUUUACUAUUUGAAAAUAAGAAAAAUGAUUAACAAAACAUGCAGUGUUGUUAAUCAAAAACAUCUACAGUAGAAAUUAAGCGUAUUAAAUCUUCGUAUUAAUAAAAUAUAUUAGAACCACAGACGUCAAAUUACUUACAGUUAAAAAUUAACAAAUAGAAAAAAACAGAUUGAAGAGUACUUUUAUAUAUUUUAAU